AUAUAAAUAAGCCCUCUCUGUCCAGGACACUUCACUCACACACUGGCCUUUGGCUUUUCACCAGCUGCCUUCUCCACACUUGGUAAGAUCCAUCAACAAUGUCAGAAGAAGGAGUAAUCUACUCUUCAGGGAGGGAGCCCUACUACAACUUGAACUCAACAUGGUAUGACCCUGCAGGAUCCUGGUUGGACACCCGUCGCAAACCAUUCCGUUAUGCUGACAACACAGCAUGUGUCACCUGUUGCAACCCCAGGUGCGAUAUACCAAGAAGAGGAGGCCAUGAUUACAGAUGCUACUGCUAUUGCUGCUCAACCUGUGAGUCAGGGUGUAACUCUAGAGUUACCUGCUGUGUCCACAAUCCUUCAGGAGGGCCCCGGGAUUAUUGGGGGCGUCCGAUAGGCGAUGCAUGCAAUGGGUGCACAGGUGGACAUUAUUCUAAUGAAGACUCAUGCUGUGGAUCAUGUGGUGGAACCUCGGGAGGAUGUGGAGCUGGGCAAGGAGGGGCAUGUGCUCAGCCAUCUGUUUUGGCGGGAGGAUGCGGAGGAGGAAGAGGAGUGUGUUCUGAGCCUGGCUGUCGGUCAUCCGGAGGAUGCGGAGGAGGAAGAGGAGUGUGUUCUGAGCCUGGCUGUCGGUCAUCCGGAGGAUGCGGAGGAGGAAGAGGAGUGUGUUCUGAGCCUGGAUGUCACUCAUCAGGAGGAUACCCACCACAGGGGACAGGUGUAUGUGCUGAGCCACUGAGUUCUUACUCAGGAGGAUGUGGCAAUGAAGGAAGAGCUUCAGGAGGAUGCUGAGGAAGCCAUCAGUUGUGUUCCGAAUCAUCCUAUCCCAGCUUCAACCACAAUACACAAAAUCAAGAACGUUCCAGAAAUACUGCAUGCCUACCUUUCAUUCCAAAUGGGUAGAAGUGUCACUGUGGCAGCCAAAGUUUGAUUCUAUUUAUUUAUUCUAUGUAUUCAUUUAUAUUUAUGCACUGCUUUGUGGCCAACCUGGCCUUUCAAAGCAGCUUAUAAUUAAAAUACACACAGAGAGACACCAAAACACAAAAGCAGACUUUCUGCUGAUCUAUAGUUCAUAACAUCCUAAAAAAGGAUAUAUCAUUUCUACAUCUAUUGAUCCAUUGGUGAGCCUGAAAACCUGAGAAUUGUGCCCACAGUGGAGAAGUGUGACCAUUUCUUACAGAACCAAAUGUGGACCAUCCUUGAUGCCUUGGAAGCAUCUGCCUGGAAACACUGGUUGAGUCCCUUUCAUGUUUUCUUGUUCUUUGCAUAAAUAAACUUCUGUCGUUUGGCUAAAA